CUUCCGUUCCGCUGCCGUAGGAUACUCUACAGCGCCAAUUCGCGGCGUGAUUAACCUAACGUCCACGUGGACAGGCUGGCUCGAGGCGAGAUGCGGGAUAUGGGGCGUCGCGACUUUUAGGGGGAGGGGAAGCCGAGAAGUGCGGCCCGAGACCCGCAAUGGCGGAAAAUGAAGGCGCCCCGCUCGCGCAAGGGGCUCGCGGAGAGACCCGCACGCGCGGCGUUACUGAUCGCGACGACGUGGAAAAAUGUGGCGCGGAGGGGCAUGAUGAUGGUGGGGAAGCUUCCACGAAUGAGGAUGCUGUGGAAGUCGUGGAGGAGGAAAGGCGCGAGGGGAAACGUGAUGGUGAUAGUAACGAGGGGAAUGACGAGGAAGAGGAUUACCUGGUGCUGAGCGAGGUCCACGUGGCAUGCCCCUCGCACCACGUCAGCACCGUUAGCACCUUCACGUUCCGCCUGCCCCCUGCUGCGGAGGCGGCCAUGGCGGGGAAGGCGCGGCGCGGAGCGGAGGAAUGUGGAGAGGGGAGGGAAGGGAGCGAGGGCGGUGGGAUGCAUGUGGCGGUGGCGAUAGGGCAUGGCAUGAAGACCACCAUCGCCCAUGUCGGCAUGCAGGUGUGGCGCGCCUCGCUCCUCCUGGCUGACGUCAUCAUUGCCAACCAUCACAUGCUCGCAGAUGCUACAGUGCUUGAGCUGGGGGCGGGCACGGGCAUGGUGGGCGUCGUCGCUGCUCUCUUCGCCCGCCGUGUCUUCCUCACAGACACAGGCGACCCUGUGCUGCGCAACUGUGCCGCCAAUGCCGCCAACGCACCUAUGCUUCGCCCGCCAUGCGGCAUGCACUCGGCAGCACCCGUGGUUCGGCGCCUUGACUGGCGGCUGGGGUGGCCGCCUCCCGUGGUGACCAGGGGCUGUGCGCAGCAGCCAGCAGCGUGUGGGGCGGGCAGCGGCGAGGAGGAGGAAAGUGCAUCGGGCAUGCAGGCAGAAUCGAAUGGAGCAGCCGACCCAUUUGUUUGGACCGACGGGGAUUUGACCGACGCCAGCCAUGCCACGGUGCUGCUGGCUGCUGAUGUCAUCUACAGUGACGACAUCACUGCUGCUCUCUUCUCUACCCUGCGCUCCCUCCUGCACUGCGCCCCACCCGAGCUGCUCCUGCUGGCCCUGGAGAAGCGCUUCAACUUCUCUCUCUCGCACCUCGCACCCGUUGCCAACGGCUACGCCGCAUUCCGCUCCCACUUCGCCGCUCAAACUGCCGCGCCCAGCUGCCACAGGGGCAGCCACUGUAGCGCAGCAGAGGCGGCAGUGGGGCGAGGAAAGGGCGACGAGGAGGCGGACGGACGAGAGGACGAUAAGCAGCAGGUUGCACGGCAGGGCGUGCGGCAACGCGGGUGGCAGGGUGGGUGGCAGGGUGGGGGAGUGGAAGAGGAAGCGGACGAGGGGAAGGGGGAGCAGCUGGUGGGUUGGCGCAUGGACGUGGCGUGUGUGCCGCGGCAUGUGGUGGGGUGUGAGAGGGCGGCGGACAUGGAGCUCUGGGUGAUAGGCGCGAGGUGGUCAGUGCCACUGAUCUGUGCGUGGAUGGAGAGAGGCGUGGGCUUGCAGCCUGCCUCUGAAGGUGCCGGGGAUAUUCUUGAAAGCUCGGAGCCAGGAGAGUGAGCAUUUGACAGUCAGUAACUCCGUGUUGCAGUUUGGUGAGGUCUGCAAUGGUGCAAGGCAGGUGGAGUGGCGAUUCAUCUCAUGCGUCCUGUCCUCCCCAGGCCCUGAUGCUUGGUUGGUACGGUAACUUGUGCUUUGCAUUCGCAUGGCACGGGAAUGCAUAAGG